AUGACGCGCCGCCUGAUUCCUCCGGCAAACUACACCACUCCUCCGUUCCCGUCCCUCAACGUCCACACUCUAUUCGAUGCCACGCCCGACAAGAGAUACACGCUCUACUACAUCAAAGACGUCUGGCGCUUCACAGUAAUAUGGACCCUCAUCGUGUUCGCGCUGUUUCACCUCGGCGCCGUCUUCAUCGCCAUGUUCACGCACGGGUGGAAGAAGUCGUCGUGGAAGUAUCUCUGGAUCACACCGAUUGUCUAUCUGGGAGUCGCUGGGCUUGAGGCUGUACUAUCUGGCACCAUUGUUGGGGUUAUGCUUGGCGCUGUUUACCAGGCGGGAUACUACGAGAUGAAUACUUGGAUUCCCUGUACCUGGGGCUUUAUCAGUGUUCUGACGCUCAUCAUCUCCUCCUUUUCGAUUCAGGGAGGUCUGUGA